AUGGAGGUGCUGAACGACGCGGAGCGAAGCGCCAUGGGCGCAGCAGACGCUGUGAAGCAACUAUUGGACGCUCUGAGAGGGCAUCUCAAAGAGGUGACGAGCAACACAGUGGCGCACGUGGAGGUGGAGCGAGAUGCUGCCACGCGGCUGCAGGGCGCAGCAAUGGAGGCAGCUAACAGAGGAAUGAGGUUCAUCAAUGCAUGCAUGAGGAUGAAUGAGGAUUUGCAGCAACUGCCACACUUAACUGCACAAGUCAAGGAGUUGAGCCGCAAAGUGGACGAAUUCGACCGACAGUCGACCGCCUACCCGUUCACGGAGAUCGAGGCGAAGUGGCAGGCGCAGUGGGAGGAGAAGGCGACGUUCCGCACGCCGGAUGACGUGGACACGAGCAAACCCAAAUACUACGUCCUCGACAUGUUCCCCUACCCCAGCGGCGCAGGGCUGCACGUGGGGCAUCCCGAGGGGUACACAGCAACGGACAUAGUGGCGCGGUACAAGCGCAUGCGGGGCUUUAACGUGCUGCACCCCAUGGGGUGGGACGCCUUUGGUCUGCCCGCGGAGCAGUAUGCGAUCGAGACCGGCACACAUCCACGGGUGACAACGGAGCGCAACAUUGGACGGUUCAGAUCGCAGCUGAAGGCGCUGGGGUUCUCAUAUGACUGGCAGAGGGAGGUGUCAACCACCGACCCUGACUACUACCGCUGGACGCAGUGGAUCUUCCUGCAGAUCCUCAACCGGGGACUCGCCUACCAGGCGGACGUGGCAGUGAACUGGUGUCCGGCGCUGGGAACGGUGCUGGCGAAUGAGGAGGUGGUGGACGGUCUCAGUGAGAGGGGCGGCCACCCCGUCAUCCGCAAGCCCAUGCGCCAGUGGAUGCUGCGAAUCACGGAGUACGCCGAUCGCCUGCUGGACGAUUUGGACGGCCUGGAUUGGCCCGAGAGCGUCAAGGAGAUGCAGCGCAACUGGAUCGGACGGUCCGAGGGCGCUGAGGUGGAGUUCGCCAUCGCUGACGUGGCAGACGGAUCUGCCAGCGUGCGCGUGUUCACCACACGUCCCGACACCAUCUGCGGCGCCACCUACCUAGUGUUGGCACCAGAGCACCCGCUAGUCACCUCCAUCACGUCGGAGCAGCAGAGGGCGGCAGUGGAGGCGUAUGUGGUGGCGGCGGGGCAGAAGAGCGACCUGGAGCGCACCGACCUGGCCAAGGGCAAGACGGGCGUGCCCACGGGGGCAGAGGCCGUGAAUCCCGUCACGGGAGAGCGCAUCCCCGUGUGGGUCGCUGACUACGUGCUCGCCAGCUACGGCACGGGGGCCAUCAUGGCAGUGCCGGCACACGACUCGCGAGACCUCGAAUUCGCCCAAACCUUCUCUCUGCCCGUGCGCCAAGUCGUGCGCCAAGCAGCGCAGCGCAGCGGUGGUGGAAAGGGGAAGAGAGCGUCAGGAGAAGCGGCAAGAGAAGAAGAAGAGGCGGCAAUAGAGGAGGCGUAUGCGGGGAGCGGGGUGAUGGUGAAUUCGGCGUAUGAGAGCACGGGGGUGGACCUGAACGGGCUGGACAACACCGCUGCUGGGGACGCUGUUGUGGCCUGGCUGGAGGAGCGGGGACUGGGGAAGAAGCAGAUCAACUACAAACUGCGGGACUGGUUAUUCGCCCGGCAGCGCUACUGGGGCGAGCCGUUCCCGGUGGUGCUGGUGCCGGGUGAAGACGGGCAGGAGCGCGUGGUGGGCGUGCCGGAGUCACAGCUGCCGGUGGUGCUGCCUGAAAUGGACGACUUCAACCCCACUGGCACGGGGGAACCACCGCUUGCCAAGGCCACUGACUGGGUGAAUACAACAGAUCCAGCAUCAGGACUACCCGCCAGGCGGGAGACCAACACCAUGCCUCAAUGGGCCGGUUCCUGCUGGUACUACCUGCGUUUCAUGGACCCGGCCAACUCCAACGCCCUCGUGGACCCACAAAAGGAGAAGUACUGGGGCCCAGUGGAUCUGUACGUGGGGGGAGCAGAGCACUCAGUGCUGCACCUGCUGUAUGCACGCUUCUGGCACAAGGUGCUGUACGACAUAGGGGCAGUGUCAACAAAGGAGCCCUUCCACUGUCUGGUCAACCAGGGCAUGAUUCUCGGGGAAGUCGAGUUCACAGCCUACCGUGACACCGCCUCAGGAGCCCUGCUCUCCGCCGACGCCGCCGCCAAGCGCCCCGCGGGGGAGUGUGUGCCUGAGAGGGUGGCUGAAGAGGCGGUGGAGAAGAAGGGGGAGGGGUAUGUGCUCAAGGCGGACCCGAGCGUGGGCGUGUCGGCGCGCGCACACAAGAUGAGCAAGUCGCGGGGCAACGUGGUGAACCCCGACCACGUGGUGUUUGAGUUUGGGGCUGACUCACUCCGCCUCUACGAAAUGUUUAUGGGGCCGCUCAGGGAGACCAAGGUGUGGAGCACCAAGGGGGUGGAGGGAGUGCAUCGGUUCCUGGCGCGAGUGUGGCGCCUGCUCGUGGGGCAGGCAGACCCCACCACCGGGCAGUACCGCGCUGCAGGGGUGGCGCCCUCUGUCGUGGACGACGCCCCUUCGAAAGAGCAGCUGAGAGCCCUGCACGCCUGCAUCCACAAGGUGACGGAGGAGGUAGAGGCGAUGCGGUUCAACACGGCCAUAGCGGCCAUGAUGGAAUUCACCAACGCCGCCUACAAGUGGCCCAACGUGCCGAAAGACGCCGCCCGCCCGCUCGUGCUGCUGCUGUCGCCCUUCGCCCCGCACGUUGCCGAGGAGCUCUGGCACCGCCUGGGGGGCACCUCGUCGCUCGCCUACGAGCCGUGGCCACAGGCCCUGCCCCAGUACCUGGUGGAGGACACGAUAGCCCUGCCAGUGCAGGUGAACGGCAAGGUGCGCGCCACACUGCAGGUGGCGGUGGGCGUGGAGCAGGAAGCAGCCGUGGCGGCAGCGCUGGCCCACCCCAACGUGGCCCGCCUGGUGGAGGGGAAGAGCGUACGCAAGACCAUCUUUGUCAAGGGGAGGAUUCUCAACCUGGUGGUGGGAUGA